UGGCUUUCCUGCCGCUCAGCUGCCUAUUAAUAACUUUUUGUGGCAUAAUUAUUUUACAUAAUUGAUAAAUUUAUUGUAUUUUAAUAUUGUAAAAGUAUCAAAUAGGUUUAGUAUAGUAUUAAUGUUUUGGUUGUGGUGCUUGACAUUUUUCACCGGAAACAUGAAUUUGGUCCUACUGUUAACAGGCCUUAUAUUGGGCAAUUCUACAACCAAUAUUAAUGAUUUUAACAAUAAUCAAAUAGAAGAAAACUUGUCUUUACAACGAACAUGGAGUGAGUACAAGGUCGAAUUUGGUAAACAAUAUGAGAGUAACGAAGAAGAAUUUUUGAGAAUGGAAAUCUUUGAAAGAAAUUCUAAAAUGAUCGAUAAACAUAAUGAACUUUUUAGGAAAGGUACUUUCAGCUACCAGUUGGGUCACAAUCAAUUUUCUGAUAUGUCCCAUCAGGAAUAUCUAGAAAAAAUCCUCAACAUCGAAGAUAUCACUAAUGAACCAACAGUUAAAGCAGAACCGACAGUACAAUAUAAUUGGAAAGGAGACCCAACAGUUAAAGCAGAUCCCACAGUACAAUAUGAUAAUUGGAAAGCAGAUCCAACAGUAAAAGCUGAUCCAACAGUUAAAGCCGAUCCUACAGUUAAAUAUGAAGAUUUCAAUGAUGAAUACGAGAACCCUGGAGAAUUUACCUUUAUGCCACCUGAAAACUACGAAGUACCAAUAAGCAUAGAUUGGAGAUCACAUGGGGCCGUAACUCAAGUCAAAGAUGAAGAACAUUGCGGUGCUUCUUGGGCAUUCAGUGCGACUGGUGCCCUUGAAAGUCAACUUUUCCGCAAAACCCACCACCUGAUCCCGCUCAGCGAACAAAACCUGAUCGAUUGCACGGGCCAUUACGGCAACCACGGUUGUCGUAACGGUACAGCCAUCAACAGCUACAGAUACGUCGUCCACAAUCGAGGAAUCGACACCAACAUCACCUAUCCGUACCAUGGCAAGCAACAAUGGUUCUGUCGCUACAAGAAAUUCGCCAAUAACCCUACAGUACGUGGCAUCGCCCAUAUAGCUGUAGGCAACGAAACUAGCUUGGCUGUUGCUGUAGCUUCAGCAGGUCCCGUUUCAGUAGCAGUGGACGCCAGAAGCCAGAAGUUUAGGUUUUAUAAAAACGGAGUUUUUGACGAGCCUCAUUGCAGUACUCGUAAUCCUAACAGGGAACUGUUGGUUGUGGGUUACGGAAGGUCGUUUUGGGUUGUGAAAAAUUCUUGGGGUAAAGGUUGGGGCCUUGGAGGGUAUAUUUAUAUGUCGAGGAAUAGGGGUAAUCAGUGUGGAAUCGCAACUAGAGCUGUUUUUCCUUUAGUCUAACCUUUUUGUAUUUUGUGAAAAUAUAAAUAUGUUUUAUAUUCAAAAGAAU